CUUCCUCAACAAGAUCUUCGAACCUUUGUCACCCUUGUGUUGUGUUUAGGGUUUUUAUGAGUCUACCCUAAACAUCGCAGGAGCUUGUGGAUUCUCUUGAAUCAUAUCUCAUGGAAUCGCAAUCCCAAUUCGAACCUCCCUCGCAAAACCCACUUCAAAACUCGCCCGAAACCCUAGUUUCGUAUAACCAAAAUUCCUACGAUCAACAAACCCUAGAUUCGUAUGGGCAAAGAAAAUCAGAAGCCCUAGAGAAAUCACUGGAUUCGAAUGACCAUACUCGAGAGAUUUUAGGUUCAGAUUAUCAGAAUCAGAAUUUGAUGCCGAAAACCCUGGGUUCGGAUGCAAGUUCUGCUCAAGCCCUAGCUCCUGAUAAUCAAAAGCUUGAAAACGGGUGUGUUGGGGGUACUCAGAUUGAUAAUUCCUCGAAACCUGAAAUUCACAAGACAUUGUUGUCUGAAAAUGGUUUAACCAACACACACAGUGGCACAGACAGAGACUACUCAGGAGGGGAAGAGGAAACAACCAGUAGGCGUACGCGGCGAAGCCGGUGGGAUCCUCCUCCGAGCGAAUCAAACGAAGGGGCUGGCAGCGACGGCGGUGGGACUGGCAGGAAGAGGAAGUCCCGGUGGGCUGACGAUGAUCCGAAGCCGGUAAUUCAGCUUCCUGAUUUCAUGAAAGAUUUCACUGGAGGUAUUGAGUUUGACCCUGAAAUUCAAUCACUUAAUAGUAGGCUUCUUGAGAUUAGUAGAAAAUUGCAAUCUGGGUUACCUUUAGAUGACCGGCCUGAAGGUGCUCGGUCACCUUCGCCCGAACCCGUAUAUGAUAACAUGGGAAUACGAAUUAACACUAGGGAAUAUCGUGCCCGUGAAAGAUUGAAUAGAGAGAGACAAGAAAUUAUUUCACAAAUAAUUAAAAAGAACCCUGCAUUUAAGCCCCCAGCUGAUUACCGGCCUCCGAAACUUCAUAAGAAACUUUACAUACCAAUGAAAGAAUACCCGGGUUAUAAUUUUAUAGGACUUAUUAUUGGGCCUAGGGGGAAUACACAGAAGAGAAUGGAAAGAGAGACUGGAGCAAAAAUUGUGAUCCGGGGUAAAGGGUCGGUGAAAGAAGGUAGGUUGCAACAAAAGAAGGAUUUGAAACCAGACCCUUCAGAGAAUGAGGAUUUACAUGUCUUGGUGGAAGCUGAGACACAGGAAUCCCUCGAAGCUGCAGCAGGCAUGGUGGAGAAGCUCUUACAGCCCGUUGAUGAAGUUCUCAAUGAGCACAAGAGGCAACAGCUCAGGGAACUUGCUGCUUUGAACGGAACUAUAAGAGAUGAGGAGUAUUGUAGAUUAUGUGGUGAGCCAGGCCACAGACAAUUUGCUUGUCCUUCUCGUUUUUCAACUUUCAAGAGUGAUGUUCUUUGUAAAAUAUGUGGUGAUGGUGGACACCCAACUAUUGAUUGUCCGGUGAAAGGAACAACUGGAAAGAAAAUGGAUGAUGAAUAUCAGAACUUUUUGGCAGAGCUAGGAGGAACGAUCCCUGAUUCUGUAACCAAACAAAGCUCUGCAACACUGGCCCUUGGUUCGGGCAGCUCAGGAAGCAAUCCUCCUUGGGCAAGUGGUAACAGUGCUGGAGGUGUUGGUGGGACAACUCAGGCAGGCUUAGGGGCCAACGGAAUUAAGCCUGCAAAGGAAUAUGAUGAUACAAAUUUAUACAUCGGCUACUUGCCACCUACUCUUGACGAUGGUGGUUUGAUCAGAUUGUUUUCACCUUAUGGUGAUAUAGUGGUGGCGAAGGUUAUUAAGGACCGAGUUACGGGAUUGAGCAAGGGUUAUGGUUUUGUGAAGUAUUCUGAUAUGCAACAGGCCAUUAAUGCUAUUACUAGUAUGAAUGGUCAUCAUCUAGAUGGAAGAACGAUAGCUGUGAGAGUUGCUGGUAAGCCCCCCCAGCCUGCUGUCCUUCCGGGCCCUCCCACUCCGGUUUUGCCUAUUCAUCCUGCUCCCAACCAGGCUGUUGGUGCCUAUCCAUCACAGCAGUUUACGCAAGGUGGUUCCAUUGGAAAUACACCUCCUGGGAGUUAUGCUGUCUCUCCAGUUCCAUGGGGACCACCUGUACCUCCUCCUUAUGCUCCUUACCCUCCUCCUCCAGGCUCAACCAUGUAUACUCCUGUCCCUGGUCAACCUGUGCCUCCUUAUGGAGUACAGUAUCCUCCAACAAUGACAGUUUCUUCUGGUGCCCCAUCACAGACUCUGCCUUCUAGUGCAGCACAACAAAAUUACCCACCUGGAAUUCAAUCUCAAAGUACCACACCUGUUCAAACUGCUCCUGCCAAUAUCUAUGGGAACUCUGUAGCUGUGGUGCCCCCAACUGUUCAACCUGUGUACCCAACUUCUUUUGGUUACCCAUCUUACUAUGGUGUAACCCCUCAACAACCACCUCCUCCUCCUGUCUCUCAACCAGUAGUGGACCAUUCACAGAAAAUUGGAAAUGUGCCCUGGGCCACAAAUCCUCCUAUGCCUCCUCCUGUUUCAUUUGAUGAGAAGGCAACCUAUGGUACAGAUGCAGAGUAUGAGAAAUUCAUGGCCGAGAUGAAAUAGUGUGGCUUUGUCAGUACCACAUCUGGGUUUACAGUGAUCAAGUAGGGUCAAUUUCUGCACCAGCGAUCCCCACAUUACAGGUCAACUUGUAACAUCCUCAAUUUAUGAGAUAUUUAAUAUUUUACAAUUUGUGAGAUCCAACUGUUUUGGCUGCUUCAAUUUCUUUUUCUUGUUUUUAAAUGUCCGAUUUCCUUUGUAUAUUUGAUAGUGUUUUGGUGUUUCCUUGCACGCAUAAACGUCACAUAGCGUACCAUCUGGAGCUGAUUGGAGCAAGAACUGCUGUAUGUUGUAGGAUUUUGUGUAGGGUUUUUUCUACAAAACAAUUGAACUUAGGUUGAUGAUGUCUUCUGUGAUUUACUGAAUAAUUUCUCUUUUAACUUUUUUGCCAUCAACUCUUGAAAAGAAACAUCAAAAUUUAUUUCAAGAUAUAGAUCGAUGAAAGGAAAAUAUUUCAAAUUAGAGAGAAGAAUGGAGGGAGGGCAAUAGAUUUGCAUUUACACCCGUAUGAGGUUAAACUUCAGAAUUUUUAUUUUAAAGACAUGAAAUCUGUCCUUUUGUUUUCCACAUGUACUACCUUCUCAUACCUAUAAAUUGUUGCUGUAAAAAUAAUGUAGUUUUUGUUUGUUCUUGAGCUUGUGAGGUCAGCAAAUUCAGAUCCUGUUUGAUCAAAAUGAAGAUUUCUUCUCUCUCUCUCUCCCUCUCUAUAUAUAUAUGUGUGUGUGUGUGUGUGCGCGCGCGCGCGCGUUGUAACCUUUCUUAUUAGUGUGAAAACUGUUGCAGUCGCAGAUUUAGCCCUAGUUUUUGGGGGAACUAUGUAGACUUUGUUUUCUUUUUGUGUGUGCGUGAUUUAUCAUUUUUGUGCGUUUGUUCUUCUUUCUGUUUCUCUUUUAACUUUUUUGCCAUCAACUCUUGAAAAGAAACAUCAAAAUUUAUUUCAAGAUAUAGAUCGAUGAAAGGAAAAAAUUUCAAAUUAGAGAGAAGAAUGGAGGGAGGGCAAUAGAUUUGCAUUUACGCCCAUAUGAGGUUAAACAUCAGAAUUUUUAUUUUAAAGACACCAAAUCUGUCCUUUUGCUUUCCACGUGUACUACCUUCUCAUUCCUAUAAAUUGUAGCUGUAAAAGUAAUGUAGUUUUUGUUUGUUCUUGAGCUUGUGAGGUCAGCAAAUUCAGAUCCUGUUUGAUCAAAAUGAAGAUUUCUACUCUCUCUCUCUCUCUCUCUAUAUAUAUAUAUAUAUUGUGUGUGCGUGUGCGUGUGUGCGCGCGCACUACCUUUCUUAUCAGUGUGAAAACUGCAGCAGUUGCGGAUUUAGCCCUAGUUUUUGGGGGAACUAUGUAAACUUUGUUUUCUUUUUGUGUGCAUGUGAUUUAUCAUUUUUGUGCGUUUGUUCUUCUUUGUUUUUCGUGUCUUACCAAUCCUGUUUAGGUGUUACGGAUUCUUAACAUUUUUCCCUGCAGCUAUCUGCACACAAGGAUUUAUGAUAAAAAGAAGUGUGGAAUGUAUGUGGAUAUAGAAUAUUCCUUUUG